AUGCCUCCGCGCCGCCGCCCCGCCUCCGGCUACCACGGCAUUCAGGCGCGGUCGAGCGGCCGGUUCGACGCGGAGAUCCGCUCCGGCGACGAGCGGAUCCGCCUCGGUACCUACGACACGGCGCACGAGGCGGCGCGGGCGUACGACGCCGUCGCUUGGCGUCUCGGCCGCUCCCGGCGGUCGAUGAAUUUCCACGAUGUGUACACGCGGGAGCAAGCGGAGAUGCUCGUGCCGCCGCCGCCCGUCAUCACGCAGGAGCAGCAGCGCCGGCAACGGAAGUUGGAGCAGUGCCUCCUCAUCGCGGAGCGCGACGAGGCGAUGCGCCUCGAGUGGGCGCGCCGCUUCCCCGAAGACGUCACCGCGACGGAGGCCUUCUACACGCAGAAGGAGGAGGAGAAGGCAGCGGAGAAGGCGAAGAAGAAAGCUUCGCACUGUGAGAAUGAAGUGGAGGCCACUGACGUAGCACCGGAAGGCGACUACGAGCUGGUCUAUGAAGAACCUGAUCUGUCCGGAGGAGUAGAAGGCGUGGACUAUGGGAUAGUCUACGGGCCCGACAACAAUGAGGCGGAGGAGUAG